AUGGUCUCCGUGCAAACCUACCUGAGCUUCUUGCUCCUACUACCCACGGUCUGCUGUGGCUACAGCAAUUACACGAUCAGUUUCACCCCGGAAUACGGCCUUGUCAUAUCAACAGGCAAUAGAAGAAUCGUGCACAACUCCGCCAUCCUCGCCGGAAACCACAAUACCACAGUUACUGCGCUUACGAAUUCCAGCAAGGGCCUCGCAUACAGUUUGAUCACGCCCACAAUUGCCAAGGUCGAACUGAACACCUUUUCAGCUUUCCAUGGUGCGCGUUUCACAACUGAGCCCGACGCGCAUUUCUAUGGCGUCUGGGAAUACCCCUUCAACUACCAAAUCACGAACAAGGACGUUUCCUUCGACUUGAAAGGCGUGGGAAGCAACGUGGGAAUCAACUGGGUCAAUGCACGUGCGCCUUUCUUCCUCACAUCUGCUGGAUAUGGCGUCUACGCAGACACUCUUCGAAUGGGAUCUUUUGACUUCACAACUCCGGGGCAGGCGCAGUUCAUCUUCAAUAGCAGCACCCUCGUCUAUUACAUUAUCUUGCCCACACAGGAGAACGACUACAAGUCCAUCAUCGAACAGUACACACCACUCUCCGCGCGUUCGGAGAUCCCCCCUACCUCUGGCCUAGGCCCCACAUUUUGGUCGGACGACUUCACGCAAGACUUUCACGGUAGUGUAUCGAAUGCGCAAGAAAACAUAUACGAUGUCUUAAACCAUUUGUAUGAUAAUGAAAUCCGGGCGACGUCGGUGUUCGCGGAUAGGCCAUAUGGAACGGGCAAUCGGUCGUGGGGGAACUUUGACUUCGACCCAAAAUUCUAUCCAGACUCAAAGGGCUUCAUAGCGAACUUGAGCGCCUCCGGCAUCGAUUUUAGUGUCUGGAUCGCUAAUCGUGGGCAAUUGGGCACGGAACUCUACAACAAGAGCUUAGAAAACAACUGGCAAUUCGUCACCUCUGUACCCCCAAUUGGAGGUCUAGGGCCUGCACUAAACCUCUCCAUCGCAGCCGCCUACGACUAUUUCGAGAAGAGGCUCGAAUACUUCCCCUCCGUCGGCGUCAAAGGCUAUAAGAUCGACCGCGGUGAAGAGGGCGAAAUGCCUGACUAUGAGCAGAAUAUCCAAAUGUCGCUUUUCCUCCAACUAGCCUACGCUUCCAUGGUUAAAAAAUGGGGUCCGUCGCACUUCUACAAUUUUGCUCGGAGCGCGAUAGAUCGCUCCCGUGCUGUCACGCAUAUCUGGAACGGCGACUCGCAUGGCAACUUUACAGGAUUGGCGUACUCUGUGGCCAGCGGUAUUCGCUCCGGCCUCAUCGCGUUCGGGAUAUGGGGAUCUGACACGGGAGGAUAUACCAGACAAGGUGAAUUGACGCCUACGGAAGAGGUCUGGGCACGCUGGAUGUGGUUCUCCGCUUUCUCGCCAGUUUACGAACUCAUGCUCGGAACGGGACAUACACCGUGGUACCCACCGUAUACGCAGCGGACCGUCGACGUGCUCAAACUGACGGCGAAUCUGCACGCAGAUCUGACGCCGUAUAUCAAGUCAUAUGCGUAUGUAAAUCACAAAACGGGUGUCCCGAUCAUACGGGCACUGUUCCUCGAGGCGCCGACGGAUGAUAGCACAUGGGACGUAGGGGACAGUUAUUUCUUUGGGGAACAGUUCCUCGUGGCGCCAAUUGUUACUGAGGGAGGGAGGCGGAGUGUGUACUUUCCCGUGGGACCGUCGGAGAAGUACAUUGAGUAUUUCAACAAGACGUCGGUCCAUGAUGCGGGGACCACAGCAGAUGUUUUCGUCGGCGUCGAUAGUAUACCCGUCUACGUGAAGCAGGGCGCUAUCAUCCCGCGAGGUGACAUCUACCAAGGGAAUGCGAAGUGGAUUGAAGACUGGCAAGCAUUUCUUACUAUUGAAUUGUUCCCCAGUUGGGGAGUCCCAGAGAGUCGAUUUACGUAUUAUAACGGUGAAGGGGCGGACGGAAAGGCAGUUGAGAUUCUGCUGAAAACGGAUAAAGAGAGUAGGACGUUGAGGGUCGAGUAUGGGGAUUUAGGGGUUGAAGCGGCCGUUAUGUGGUACUUCAAAGGUGGGAAGAGGGAGGUCAAUCUUAAUAGGGGUGGAGGUUUCACAGAGUUGAGGGAUGUUGAGUUGUUGUUUUAG